UUUGUUAUUUUUCUAGUGUUGUUAAUAACAAUACUUGUAGUGGAAGGGAUUGCUGUGGCCCAAAAGACCCAAGAUGGACAAAAUAUUGGAAUCAAGCACAUUCCUGCAACCCAGUGUGGCAUUUGGGUUCGAACCAGCAAUGGUGGUCAUUUUGCUUCACCAAAUUAUCCUGACUCAUAUCCACCAAACAAGGAGUGUAUCUACAUUUUGGAAGCUGCUCCACGUCAAAGAAUAGAGUUGACCUUUGACGAACAUUAUUAUAUAGAACCAUCAUUUGAAUGUCGGUUUGAUCACUUGGAAGUUCGAGAUGGGCCAUUUGGUUUCUCUCCACUAAUAGAUCGUUACUGUGGUGUGAAAAGCCCUCCGUUAAUUAGAUCAACAGGGAGAUUCAUGUGGAUUAAGUUUAGUUCUGAUGAAGAACUUGAAGGACUGGGAUUUCGAGCAAAAUACUCAUUUAUUCCAGAUCCAGAUUUUACUUACCUAGGAGAUUGCCAGUUUGAGCUCUCAGGAGCUGAUGGAAUAGUGCGUUCUAGUCAGGUAGAACAAGAAGGAAAAACGAAACCUGGGCAAGCAGUUGAUUGCAUAUGGACAAUUAAAGCUACUCCGAAAGCUAAGAUUUAUUUGAGGUUCCUAGAUUAUCAAAUGGAGCACUCAAAUGAAUGCAAGAGAAACUUCGUUGCAGUCUAUGAUGGAAGCAGUUCUAUUGAAAAUCUGAAGGCCAAGUUUUGCAGCACUGUGGCCAAUGAUGUAAUGCUUAAAACAGGAGUUGGAGUGAUACGAAUGUGGGCAGAUGAAGGUAGUCGGCUUAGCAGGUUUAGAAUGCUCUUUACUUCCUUUGUGGAGCCUCCCUGCACAGGCAGCACUUUCUUUUGCCAUAGCAACAUGUGCAUCAAUAACUCUUUAGUCUGUAAUGGUGUUCAAAACUGUGCAUACCCUUGGGAUGAAAAUCAUUGUAAAGAAAAGAAAAAAGCAGGACUUUUUGAACAAAUCACUAAAACUCAUGGAACAGUUAUUGGCAUUACAUCAGGGAUUGUCUUGGUCCUUCUCAUUAUUUCUAUUUUAGUACAAGUGAAACAGCCUCGAAAAAAGGUCAUGACUUGCAAAACUGCUUUUAAUAAAACUGGAUUUCAAGAAGUGUUUGAUCCUCCUCAUUAUGAACUGUUUUCACUAAGGGACAAAGAGAUUUCUGCAGACCUGGCCGACUUGUCAGAAGAACUAGACAACUAUCAGAAGAUGCGGCGCUCCUCCACUGCCUCCCGGUGCAUUCACGACCAUCACUGUGGAUCACAAGCCUCCAGCGUCAAACAAAGCAGGACCAACCUCAGUUCCAUGGAACUUCCUUUCCGGAAUGACUUUGCACAACCACAACCAAUGAAAACAUUUAAUAGCACCUUCAAAAAAAGUAGCUACACUUUCAAACAGGCACAUGAGUGCCCUGAACAGGCCCUAGAGGACAGAGUAAUGGAGGAGAUUCCCUGUGAAAUUUAUGUCAGGGGGCGAGAAGAUUCUGCACAAGCAUCCAUAUCCAUCGAUUUUUAAUCUUCUAAUAAAGGUGACAUUAAUUAUUAAGUAUGUACGUAUGCAACCUACAGAGCACCCAUACUGUUUUCAGCAGCCAACCCUUCCCUCCUGUCAAAACUAGGAAGACUUUCAUUUCCCAUUAACCUAUUGUAAUGGUGAAGUUUUAGCAUCUCGGGCAGUCUAUAUAUGUUAAACCAACCAAGGGACUUACUCCAUUCACUGAAAAAAAUAAUCAUCAUCUAAUGCUUGGUGUCAUAUAAACAAAGCACCAGUUAAAUAGUAUUUGAAGAGAGGAGGGUUGUGUUGAGCUAGGUUCAGGCUGCCUGUUAGUUUUAGCAACAGGAAUACUGCUCUUGAUUGGUACAGCUUUGUCAAUAUUUUGAUCCCACAGUAAGCUUAAAAAUAAGAUUUUUCUUUACAUUCCUUUUAUUUUUCUUUUCUCUAAAUUUAAUUUGUUUUAUAAGCCAGUAAUUUUACCAUUUCAGUUUCUUACAUAAAUAUGAGUGGUUAAUGUACUACACAUAUUUCAAUAUAGGCAUCUGUUUUAGAAUUUGUCAAAAUGUAACUAGUUACUGUGGUUAAAUGCCAAUUAAGAUCCAGAGUUAUGUUUUGUCCAUCUGUUUCUUCUUGACUAAUUUCUAUACUGCUGCCUUUUAAUUGCUGGAUCCUUAGUCUUGAUUUUCUGGGAGAAGUAGAUGAUAUGAUUUAUCACCUUUAAGUCAUAUUUUGUCUUAAGUUAUACUAGAAAAAUUUCAUAAUCCUGGGAUGUAUGCACUAUUGCCAGUUAUGACUUAAAAACUUGGAAAAGAUUAAAACUUCUGGAAAUCCUUUGAAAUUUCUCAAAUUUGGCCACAUUCAGUGAUAGCCCAUUCAUUCUUAUGAGCAAAGAGUCAUUUAAUUUUUGGGGGGAGUUCUAUAAUUAUGUUUAUUUCCAUUGUUUAUCACCAGAUCUGUGUUUCCUAUUAUUUUUAUAAAAAGAUUAUUUAGUUCUCUUUGUAUUAUUGGUUUUUCUUAUGGCAUAUGGUAGCCAAAGUUGUAUGAGAGUUAAAGGAAAAUUCUUAAGAAACUGUAUAAGCCUUUAGAUUGCUUCUUACUUGGGACAAUACAUUUUUCUAGUUCUUACCAAGAAUAAUAACUUCCACUUUUUUUUUAAACUGCACUUUUGACCUUAUUUUUUUUUAUGGUAUAUAAACAAUAAUUUAUAAACAUGAUGUAAAAACCCAUUGUGUUUUCUUAGACUUUUGAUAUUAUUUGAUACGGUACAAACUUUAUUAAAUCAAGAUUCAAGACCUACAUGGCAGAUUUCUUUCAGUGUUCACGUUAGCAGCCUUGCGUACAAAUAUGCUGUGAUGGAACUGUACACUAUAACUUAUUGUAAAGACCUUGGUAAUGAGUACAUAAGCUUUUUGUUUCCUUUUGUUAUUGCAUUUAGUUUAUGAUACAUUUUCCACUGUCUGAUAUUUAUUGUUCUAAAUCACUACACAAAUCUUUUAUUAAAAUAUACAUUGUUA